UUUCAAAAUAACAACAUUUAGUAGUUAAUGUUUUUCUUUUUUUCCAAGUAUUUUAUAAUGUCGCUAUUUUAAGAUGUUUUUGUUUAUUCAGUGUAAAGAUAUUCUGUUGUUUCGAUUCUGCGGGACUUAAUCCGAUCAAAAGCCAAUGAAAAGAUCUUUUAUAUGUUGCCGAGAAGAUGGCGGGUGAUGAACUUGUAAGAAGGGGAUGGCAUCUUACAGAAGAAGGUCUGGAUCAGUGUGCAGAAAACGGAAACACUUCUGUGGAUGUUGUAAUCAAGAAUGCACUAAAUGCAGACUUGCGAGACAUUGGUGGCAAGUGGCUGCCAGAAGAAUUAGGUGGUGGAAAGGGAAAACUGGACUAUCUGGAGGGGCCUGCAGUCUUACAGCUUCAGAAACUUCGCAACAUCUCAGCACCAAAAGACAAUGAAGAAUCACAGGUUGCACCUCGCCUUUGGAAAAUGACUUUGACAGAUGGGCACACAAGUUGUCUUGCCAUUGCUUUGGAACCCUUGAAAAACUUAAGUCUGACCACACCACCUGGCACAAAGCUGCUUCUGGAAGGGACUGUGGAUGUUGAGAGCUGCUACUUACUGUUGACCAACAAGAAUGUGCGAGUGUUGGGUGGCCGUGUGUCCAGUAUUGCUGACUCCUGGGAGCUGAAAAGGAAACUGGCUCAACAGUCACGAGCAGGCAUCCAGUCAGAAGGAGGACCACCACCAUUUGUGCCUUUUGGAAAGAAGAUUUCUGCAAUAGAAGCUCCAAAAAAGGAUAAUUUUAAAUCUCUGGGUGUCACCAAGCAAGACAAAGAGGAAGAAGAUAGUGAAUUCCAGCAGCAGCGUCAAGCAACCAUUGCAGAGGCACUUAUGGGAAAAGCAAAAACAUUUGGAGGAGGAUCCCGGCCAGCAGUUCAAGAUCGGGAUGUAGCACGCAUAGUAGAUAUGGGAUUUUCUCCAGACCAGGCUAACAGUGCUUUGCGACAAGCUGGUGGCAAUGUCAACACUGCUAUAGAUGGCUUGCUUGGUGGAAAUUAUGCCAUUGGUGGGCGUGGUCGUGGUGGAGGUGGCAGAGGGGGGAGCAUUAGCAUCAAGGACAGCAGGAAUGAUGGUCGAGGGGAGAAUGAUGAUCGCAUUGGUUCUCGUCGUGGAGGCCGAGGAGGAGGAAGAGGGGGUGGAUCAGGAGCAAGAAGGGGAAGAGACCAAGAUGAUGAUGAUGACAGUCUUUCUAGUCGUCCCAGUGGUCCAGCUACACUUUUUGACUUUCUGGAAACCAAGAUUCCCACUAAAACAGAAAAACAGCAAGGUAGCAGAAUUAUUCAGCAUGUGGCAUCUGCAUCAUCACAGGGUCAGAAGUUAAAUUCAUUAUCUCAGCAACAGAAUCACACCAGACUUCAGACAGACAGUAACUUCAGCAGCUCUCGGGUGACAAACAGCAGUGCUAACAGCUUACCACAGGAUGCAUCUAUGGGUUAUUCAAAGAAGGCAGAGUCACAAAUCAAGGAAACUGGUGGCCCAGUGAAGGGGGAUAACUCCCGACAGAGCCAGCCUGUAGAUUCACAUUCUCGUGGGCAGCAGCUUGAUUCAAGGCAUAGUCAAAUAUCAGAAGUCAGCUCAAGCAACAAGAAUGCUCGCGAUAAGGUCAGGACUAAUGGUGGUGGAGAUUUUCAGAUGGAUGAUGCUUAUGGGGUGGGUGCACUGCCUGGUCGCAGACCGCAGAAUCUUCCACCACGGCUAGCGAAUAAACUAGGUCGUGAUGGUAGUGCACAGAAUCAGGUAUCUUCCCGUCCAGUAAACAGUGAUUACCCAGACAGUCUUGACAGUGGCAACAGGAGGACUUAUUUCAAUGACGGGUCUAGAGAUGGCAUGCAGUCCAGUCGUGGUCCUUUGAAAGAACAGUCUUUCAACUCUUCUGGAAGAAACUAUGCAAACAGGAUGGAUCCAUCUUCAGACCAGCCCUACAACAAAUACAGAAAUCACUCUGUGCCUCAUUCACGACGUGACCAUCAGAAUCACACACAAAAUCAGGGCAGCAAGCAGGACGGCUUGUUAUCCCAACUACCAUGGCAGAUUGGCCAAAGUGUUUUGGCCAAAUACUGGGAAGAUGAGCAGUUGUAUCCUGCGGUAAUUGAGGCAGUUGCUGAGAAUGGUGCAACAGUAGUGGUGACAUUUCUAGAGUAUGGAAACCAGGAAGAGGUCUUUAGCUCAGACAUUCAUCCUUUGCCACAACACAACUGGAUGAAUAUUCAGAACAAUGGCUACCCACGACCUCCCCAGUGUCAAGCUGCACCUCUUCUCACUCAGCCACCUCCUGGCUAUUAUUCAGGUUUUGUACCCUCAGACAUGCCAGCACCUCCACCUUUUCCUGGCACUGAACCAUUUGGUGUGGCCACAAUCUCUACCAUGGAGUUCCGCAGAGGUGGGUCUGGUCCCUCCUACCGCCGCAAAGAACAACCUGAUCGACGAAGACCAACUCAAGCUUACUACACACCACCACCACGCAAAAAGGAUGGAUGAUUCAGAUAAUGCAGUAAAAAAAAAAAGGAUUUCUUAAUCAUUGCCUUCUUUGAUUAUGUUUCCAUGACAAAACCGUUGCCAUUUGUGAAGUAUAGAAUCAACUGAUUUUAAAAUUCAGGGCUUUGCUUCAUCAGAAAUAGCACAAUGGUUCACAAUGAGCCUUAGAGUUUACUAUUUAAAUAUAUGCAUAAUUGAUGAGAUGUAAUGCACUUGCAGAAAAUGGGUGACUGUUCCACCAGAACUAAGACAAUGGGGAAAUAGAAUGAUAGUUGACAAAGUACAUCAGGGUGACAUUUUGUAGAAUUUCUUAAAUGGAGGGGAAGUAAGGGGCAGCUGUAUCUGUUAUCAUAUUGUACCUGUUUCCUGGUGAUAACCACACAAAAAUAAUGAAACCCACAUUCAUACAAACUGAUACUUGGAACUAGCUUACAGAUUGUUAAAAAUGUACAUGUUUAGACCAUAAACUUCUUUUAAAUUUUGCUUCAUCGUUGGUAAUAAAGCGGGGGAAAAAUAAA